AUGCCCCGUGAAACCCCCCCAGGAGGGCCCCCAGGGGGGCCCCCAACAAUGCCCCAUGAACCCCGAGCAAGAGGUCCCCCAGAAGGGCCCACAGGCGGGCCCACAGAAGGCACCACAGGGGGGCCCUUAAAGGGGCCCCUAAGGGGGCCCCCUUGCAAGAAUAAUUGUUUGUUGGUGCCCUCUUUGUUGAAUAUGUUGGUGGAGGAGAUCUUAGGGGGAUUAAAGAAGAAGUGCGGAGACAGCUGGACGGGGGCCCCCUCCAUGGGUAGGGGGGCCCCCUUCAGGGGGAGGGGGCCCCUUAAUAUACAGGGUACAACAACGACGGGGGCCCCCGAAGGAGGGGGCCUUGAAGUAGGCCCCUGUCUUCUUGGUUGUGAUGGCAAUUGCUGCUCCUUCUUUGUCCCUUCUUUUUGCUGCAGUGCCUCUGCAGCAGCAGCAGAUGCAGCAGCAGCAGCAGCAGGAGCAACAGCAGCAGGAGGAGCAACAGGAGGAGGAGGGGGAGUAGGGAGUAAACAACAGGGAGGAAGGGGUGUGAUGGGGGCCCCAUUGCUAUGGGGGGCCCCCCCUCGUUGGGACCCUCCAUUCUUUACCCCUAAUGCCCGAUGUAGGGGGCCCCAUGGGGCCCCCCCAAAAGGAGACAGUUGGGAAAAGGAGACACUUAAUUCCUUACGUGCCCUAUUAGAGGCCCCAGGAGACAGCAGCGAGCACCACAUACACCUGCAGCAGACAACAGGCAACAAUAAAUUCUCUGUUACUAUCUACUUUGCCCCCCAGUUUCAUAUAUUACGUCAUUUAUUAUGCGGAGAUGAUUAUCAAUUUUGUUUGUCAAUAAAAAAGACUAAACUCGUCACCUUAGGAGGAGGAAAGAGCGGUGCUUCUUUUUAUCUAUCUAGUGAUGGGUAUAAACCCUAA